AUGAUGGACCCUUCCAGUGCGGCAACUGCCGAUGCUCCUCAUGAUGUGCCCUCUUUUUCAACUACCACAACCCUUCCGGCCAAUGAUGCCGCACCGGUCAACAACGGCGUGAACGGGCCUGGAGCACUUCCAACGGAGCUUGACCAUCCGGCUACUUCAUCUUCCCUGAAACGCCGAAACACUGAUUGGGACUGCCCAAAAAGCAAGAGAAGGGGAUAUGUAUUCCCAUCUUUUGAAUCCUUCUCAGAGUAUCAUGGUUACGAUUACGACGACAAUGUCCCGGUUGGAUAUUCAUCAUGGGAAGAAGGCGAUACCCAAGAGCAUAUGCUUGUGGACACGAUGACCUCCGACCAGGAAGGCUACUAUUCGCCCCCAUACUCCAGAUCCGAGCUAUUAGAGCUGUGUGCCAACAACCCACGGGCUGGCAGAGAAGACUGUGAAGAAACGGAUGCUUUCUUUGACUCGCUCACAGGUGGCGAUCCGACAGCCUACGCAGGCGAACAGGACAUCUUCACAUACCACAGUGUUCCUACGUGUGAUGCCCUCCUGGCUAGAGAGUAUGAGGUUCCGUCCGGUGACAGCAAUGUAGCGACUGCUGACGAGUACUCGGUCGCAUCGUCAGAGGAAGAAGCUAUGGCGAAGCUGUUGGAUUCCUUGGCGGACCCAUUCGCACAGAUUCCGCCAUCCAGUGUCAUCAGAGCUGUGGAGGGGAACUCUACGCCUGAAAUAUUUGACCCAAGUCUACGGAGAUCAACGCCACGUAGCAGUGCAAACAGCUGUUCAGUUCCCGUCGGAAACGAUCAAAAUGCCGACACGGAAAACUUGCUUGAUGAGGACAUUGACUGGGAUGAGGUUUUCCAACAUCUGCCUGCUGCUCCCAAGGAGGAUAAUACGUCUCAAUUUGUGAAGCUUCCCAAUGAGGCCAACCAGCCGCUGGAGAAUGCGAUCGAAUGGAUGCAGUCCCGCUCAAUUAGCCCACCCAAAUACCAGCCAUUUGCCAGGCCACCUUUCCGCAGCCCAUUGCGUAACAAGUCCCUCGUAGAGGGUUUAUUAAGUACGACCGUCCUGAGAACAUGCUUCCGUCUGGAUUCAGUAUUCAAGGAAGUAACUCAAUGCUUCCGAGAAGACCAAGAAGUGACCUUUGAGCUUUUCGCCAGGGUUUCCUAUUCCUCGAGAGAGAAGGGUUCGCGGGUUCAACACUUCCAGCUUAUUGAUCUCUUCGAGGAACAGCCUCCACAUCUAUCGGGUGUUCUGACUAGGUGGAAGAACGACAGUCUAGUGGAAAAGGAGGCCUCCAGGUUCCUCGACGUACCAAACAACAAGAUGUGUCGUUGCAUGUGUCGACCAAGAAAGGCCAAAAAGCCCGAGAUCGGUUGGGACCUCGAAGUGUUGCGUAUCAGAGUCACUGAUUGGCACGAGAUCGAGAGUGUCCGGAGCGUUGUCUGCUACGAGUAA